UUGUUGUGAUUUCCAAGGGGUUUUGGUAGGCAAAUCACAUAAUUUAUGCAUUUUAUAAAACUUAUCUGUUUUCGGGAGUACAUGUAAAGGAUGAUGUGAAAAGGAAAAGAGAAAUGGGACAUGUCAAAAUUAUUUUUUGUUCCAGCUCCGUGGGGCGCGAGAUCAAAAAGGCACGAUCAUACUCGAAGCAUCUCUCUGCGUCUAGAGUGGGCGCGUUACGCAGUAAGCGUGAUACCAAGGUCCACUAUAAGCCAUUUCAACAACUGGCUGAAAGAGUAGCGCGCGCAGUAAACGCGGCCGGCAUUGUUUCAAAUACACGAUCGCGUUCGACAGAAGUAAGGGCCGAAGCCCGAGGAAGAUUUUUCCAUUCAGACGAAGUUGCGAACGGUAACCACACUUCAUGCAAGCUGUGUACGGAGGCACACCAUAUAUCGAGAUGUGAGCGUCUGCUCGGCAUGAACAAUACGUCAAGAUGGAAAGUUGUGCGAGAAGAAAAGUUGUGUUUUAACUGUAUGAACAGUGGCCACAGAAGUAACCGAUGCACGUAUAAACACAAAGGCCCUGCGCGUAACCACGGACUCCUGCAUGUCGACGGUACAACGCAUGUAGGCGCGACUCAAGGUGUAAGGCUCAAUACUCGCGAGAGCCGAUCUUUACUAGCACUUUGAAGCAAUGAGGAAAAUCUAAAGUACUUUUCAAAAUUUUUUCGUUGAUGCUGUGUGCCAACGGAAAGGAAAUAGCAUGAUACGCGUUCCUGGAUGAGGGAUCAUCAAUAUCGCUUAUGAGCAAGAGCUUAUCUGACCGGCUGGGACUGAAGGGUAAAGGCCAGUAUGCAGCUCUCAUGAAAUGCAAAAAUUCCAU